AGGGUGCGGGCGGGUGCCGGUGCCAUGGCGGCGGGCGGUGCGCUGUGCGGCUCCCGGGACGGCCCCGCUGGGUUCUGGGACUGGAACCAGACAUGGUACACAAACACCCCAAGACUCACCUGGUGCUUUGAGAGUACAGUCGUUGCCUGGAUCCCUUGUGCCUAUCUUUGGAUCUGUUUUCCCUUCUACUACUUGUACCUUCGACACACAAACAAAGGCUAUAUCAGAAUGUCCCGCAUCUUCAAAACCAAAAUGGCCCUUGGAUUCAUCCUGAUAACAUUAUGUUUUUCCAAUGUCUUCUUUGUACUGUGGGAAAUAAGCCACGGAACCCCACGGGCUCCAGCAUUCCUCCUUAGCCCUGCUGUGGUGGGAACCACAAUGGUCCUUGCCAUGUUCCUUACCCACAUGGAAAGAAUGAUGGGCAUCCAGUCUUCAGGCAUCCUGUUGAUUUACUGGCUGCUCUCAUUUGUAGCUGCAGUUGUGAUGUUUAGUUCCAAAGUCCAACAUGCCCUGGCAAAGGGCUUCCUGGAAGACCAUUUCCACCACAUUACAACUUACCUUUAUGUCAGCCUGGUGCUAGGAGAACUUGUGCUGUUCUGCUUAGUUGAUCACCCUCCCUUCUUUGCUAAAGCUGUCAACAGUCUGAAUCAGUGUCCAGAAGCCAGCACCUCUUUUCUUUCCAAAAUCACAUACUGGUGGUUCUCUGGGCUUGUCUGGAAAGGCUGUCGGCAGUCCUUGGGGGUAGAUGACUUGUGGCCAGUGAGGAAAGAAGACUCUUCUGAAGAAAUUGUUGCCAGGGCUGAAGGAGAGUUGAAGAAAUGUCUUAGCAGAACUCAGCAGAAAAUAGAGUCUGCCACAUUUAAAAAGAGUCAGAAGAGUGAAACUGGCACAGCAGAAGCUGAAGAGAUGGAGGUUCUACUGCAACCAGAGAUCAGUCCAAGCAGACCCUUACUGAAAGUGUUUUGGAGUAUGUUUGGAACCUACUUCCUUCUUGGCACUGCCUGCUUGGUUAUCUGUGAUGUCUUCUUGUUCUCCAUCCCAAAAUUACUGAACCUUUUCCUGGAGUUCAUUGAAGAUCAGGAAGCACCCAGCUGGCAUGGUUAUUUCUAUGCCUUCACUAUGUUCCUUUUGGCUUGUCUCCAGACUCUGUUUGAACAACGAUACAUGUACAUAUGUCUCGUUCUGGGCUUGAGACUGAAAACUGCCGUAACAGGGCUUGUAUACAGGAAGAUCCUUGUUAUGUCAAAUGCUUCAAGGAAAGCAGCAACUGUAGGUCAAAUUGUGAAUCUGGUAUCUGUUGAUGUCCAAAAGCUAAUGGAUCUGAUUAUCUACUUUAAUGGGAUCUGGCUUGCUCCUAUUCGGAUUAUCAUCUGCUUUGUCUUCUUGUGGCAGCUUCUUGGACCAUCUGCCUUGGCUUCAAUUGCUGUGUUCCUUUUUCUUUUGCCUCUGAAUUUUGUGAUCACCAAGAAGAGGAGUCAGUUUCAGGAGAUCCAGAUGAAACAUAAAGAUGAGCGGGCCAAACUCACAAAUGCCAUUCUCAGUGACAUUAAAGUAAUCAAACUGUAUGGCUGGGAGAAAACCUUCAUGAAGAAAGUGCUUGGUAUCCGGAAGCAGGAACUUCAGGCUCUAAAACGAUCUCAGAUUCUCUUCUCAGCAUCUCUAGCUUCUUUCAAUUCAUCAACUUUCCUGAUUGCAUUUGUCAUGUUUGCUGUCUACACCCUGGUGGAUAACACACACAUCCUGGAUGCUCAGAAGGCCUUUGUAUCUUUAACUCUGAUCAACAUUCUCAACACUGCACACUCCUUCCUGCCAUUCUCCAUAAAUGCUACUGUCCAGGCCAAAGUUUCUUUAAACCGCUUGGCAGCUUUCCUGAACCUGGAAGAACUGAAUGCUGAGAGCUCAAGCAGAAACACUUCUGACUGUGGACAGGCAAGUAUCACCAUAAGAAAUGGAACUUUUUGCUGGAGCAAAGAAACUCCUCCAUGUCUUAGAAGGAUAGAUCUUACUGUGCCCCAAGGCUCCUUGCUUGCUGUAGUUGGCCAGGUGGGUGCUGGAAAAUCCUCUUUGCUGUCAGCAUUACUUGGUGAGCUGGAGAAGACAGAGGGCUCUGUGACCAUGAAGGAGCCUGCAGCUUAUGUCCCCCAGCAAGCCUGGAUACAAAAUGCUUCAGUGGAAGACAAUAUUCUCUUUGGGAAAGAGAUGGAUCAAACGUGGUUUAGCAGAGUCAUAGAUGCUUGUGCCCUGCAACCCGAUUUGGACAGCUUCCCUGUAGGGCAGAAGAGUGAAAUAGGAGAGAAGGGAGUCAAUAUAUCUGGAGGGCAGAAGCAAAGAGUGAACCUUGCUCGUGCCGUGUACCAGAAGGCUUCCAUUUACCUACUGGAUGACCCUCUCUCAGCUGUUGAUGCCCACGUUGGACAGCACAUUUUUGAACAUGUUCUUGGACCCAAUGGCUUACUGAAGGACAAGACUCGUGUGCUGGUAACUCACACAAUCAACAUUUUGCCUCAAGUGGACAACAUCGUUUUUCUAGUGGAUGGAACAAUCUCAGAAACUGGUUCCUACCAAGAACUUCUAGAGAGAAAUGGGGCAUUUGCAGAAUUUCUUCAUUCACACAUUACUGCAGAAGAGAAGGCUGGCACUGCUUUUUCAGCUACAGGAGAUACCAAAGGCACCAUCACUUCUACAAACGGCCCAUCACAAGAUAAACUCUUUAGGGACAAUUCAGUCAAACCUUCUGCCAUGGCAAGGGAGACCAUGCCUGUAAAUCAAGACUGUACCACUGCUGCAGUCAGCAAAGGAAGAUUACCCAAGGGAGAGAAAACUCAGCCUGGCAGGGUUAAUACCUCCAUUUAUGCAGCCUACCUGAAGGCAGCUGGCUUACCACUGUGUGUGUACAUCAUUCUGCUCUUCACAUGUCAGCAAGCUCUGUCAUUUGCUCGUGGUUACUGGCUCAGCAUGUGGACAGAUGACCCUGUUCACAACGGGACACGACAGCACACAGAGCUGAGAGUUGGAGUCUUUGGUGCACUAGGAGUCAUUCAAGCCCUUGGUAGAUUUGCCUCCACAGCAGCAGUCCUUCUGGGUGGUGUGUUGGCAUCAAACAAGCUGUUUCUGCAGCUGCUGAGGAACGUUGUGAGAUCCCCAAUGGUCUUCUUUGAGCAAACACCUAUUGGAAACUUGCUGAACCGCUUCUCCAGAGAAAUGGAUGCUAUUGACUCUGUGCUCCCUGACAAGCUGAAGUCCUUGCUGGGGUUCUUGUUCAACUUGCUGGAGAUCUACCUUGUGAUUAUAGUGGCUACACCAAGUGCAGCGAUGGCCAUAGUGCCCUUGACUGUCCUUUAUGGUGCAUUCCAGCACUUCUAUGUCAUCACCUCCUGCCAGCUGAGACGCAUAGAGGCUGCCAGCAGGUCACCCAUCUACUCCCACGUCUCAGAAAGUUUCCAGGGGAGCAGUGUGAUCCGUGCUUACAGGGACCAGCAGAGGUUCAUUUCCAAGAGCAAUUUUCUAGUGGAUGAGAAUCAGCGAAAGUGCUUCCCUGGAGCAGUUGCUGACAGGUGGCUUGCUACAAACCUGGAGUUUCUAGGCAAUGGCAUCGUGUUAUUUGCAGCACUGUUUGCAACAAUGGGCAGAAAACAUCUUAGUCCAGGCACUGCUGGCUUCUCCAUUUCAUGUGCCCUUCAGAUAACUGGUGUUCUCAACUGGAUGGUGCGCUCCUGGACAGAAAUAGAGAACAACAUUGUCUCUGUGGAGAGAGUGAGAGAGUACUUGAGGACUCCCAAGGAGGCUCCCUGGACUCUGGAUGACAAAUCUCAAGGUCAGGCUUGGCUCAGUGAAGGAAGAAUUGAGUUUAGAAACUACAGUUUGAGAUACAGGCCAGACCUGGAGUUAGCACUGAAGCAUGUCAAUCUGACCAUCAACAGGCAAGAGAAGGUCGGCAUCACUGGAAGAACAGGAGCUGGGAAAUCUACUCUUGCUGUGGGGUUGCUGCGAUUAGUGGAAGCUGCAGAAGGACAGAUCCUAAUUGAUGGACUAGAUAUUGCUCAACUGGGUCUCCAUGACCUUAGAACCAAGAUAACUCUCAUCCCUCAGGAUCCAGUUUUGUUUUCUGGCUCUCUAAGAAUGAAUCUCGACCCACUAAACCAGUACAGUGAUGCAGACAUCUGGACAGCUUUGGAACUGACUCAGCUCAAGAACUUUGUUGCAGAUUUGCCAGAUCAGUUGGAAUAUAAGUGCACUGACCAAGGGGAAAACCUAAGCACUGGGCAGAAACAGCUGGUUUGCCUGGCCAGAGCACUUCUUCAGAAAGCCAAAAUCCUCAUUCUAGAUGAGGCCACAGCAGCAGUAGAUGUAGAAACUGAUCUUCAGAUUCAGUCCACCCUGAGGACUCAGUUCAAAGACAGCACAGUGUUAACAAUAGCUCACCGGAUAAACACCAUCAUGGACUGUGACAGGAUUUUAGUCUUGGAAAAUGGCCAGGUAGCUGAAUUUGAUACUCCGGAACACUUAAUAGCUCAGAAGGGACUGUUCUACAGACUGAUGGAAGAAUCAGGCCUCGUGUGACUCACUCACAGAGUACACCAGAAUGCCACCAUUAUCAGGAAUAAUUCAUCUCAUAAUUGAGUGACACUCAGCCAAAUCUUGGCUGAGCUACAACCACAGUGAGCAGAUGAAAAGGGACGUCUCGGGAUACGCAUCACUUCCAUAAGAAACUUAGCGACUCCAUUUUCAUUAUGUUUCCAGGUCCCAAAACCUCCAUCUUUUGUUAGAAAUGAGCCAAAACUUAAAUGCCUUGUUGCUUUUAAGGUAUGAAAGCAAACAACCCAAAAGAAAAAGAUGAUAGCAUUUCCAAUUUAUACUAUAAAUGGAGCCUAAAUAUGCUGCCACACUCAAAGAUGACACAGAUUAUUUUCAAGAGCCAACAAGAUUUUAUGGACAGCAAGCAAGAAUUCAACUGGUAUCAAGCUAACUUAACUGUUUACAGCUUGUCCUAAGUUCGGGACAGAACAAAUUCAGUCUUUUACCAAUGUCUUAAAAGACUGCUCACUGAACACUGCUGUUACCACAGGUGUGGACUUCAGGCAGCAGCUGGAUCUAGUCACCCAAAUUGCACAAAGACUGAGGGAGCAGAGAAGAGGCAGCGGGAUGUCACUAAGUGUGAGAGCAUUACAGCUGCCUGUGGGCAGCCUGUUGUUGCAGCUGGGGACCAGAGCUACACCAUUGCUUUCCGUGGCAGUGAUUCAUGCUUGCAGAGGCACAACCAACUGCCUGGAGGAAGGGAGACAGCUUGCACAUAGGCUCACUGACGCAAGAGAGAGUAACCUGGCUGGGACUGAGCAGCAGAGCAUUCCUUGUGCUUGGAGGCUUGGAGCAGCCCUGCUGUCAGAUGCUGGUUGGUCACAGCAGAGCACAUCCAAACACCAAUGCCAAUGUGUCCAAACUGAAUGUGGCCACAAGGACUUUGCACGGCUGAAAGCAUCCUCCUCUGGUCCCUGCAGCAUGGCAGGUGGGGAAGGUAGCAGGGACUCACCUGCCAACCUUGUGGGUCAUUCCUGGUUUUCUUCUGGAGUGCAAGUUUACCUCCUGCAUGUGCCACCCUGGCACUGCAGAGCCUCAGGCAUGGUCAUCCUCCAGCUGUUACUUUAACCCACAACAGCAGCUGAAAGCAAAGCCUUCCUGUGCUUCCCACAGUGCCAAGGAGCUGCCCUCGGAGCUGUCCCCAAGUCUCUCCUCAGGAAUCACAAUACAAUGUGACAAACCACAUUGUAAGAUACUUCUGUUUCCUGUGACUUUUGUUAAACAUUUUACUUCCUAGAAAGCUGAAAUAAAAACAGA